AUGUCAAAUUCAACCAACAGAAGAGGAGAACCUCCUCACAUAGCAAUCCUUCAAAGUGGGUUGGGUCAAUCAAAUCCUUUUUUCCGACUAGCUGCUAUGCUAGCUUCACAUAACUGUACAGUCACCUUCAUCAUGAUCACCACACAACCCACAGUUUCUGCUGCAGAGUCUACUCAUAUCUCUAGCUUCUUUUCCAGCCACCCAGAAAUCAAUCGUAUUGAUUUUGACAUUCCUGCCUUCAACACCUCCAGUUCCACCACCAAUGAUCCUUUCAUCGUCCAUUUUGAAGCCAUUAACCACUCCAUUCACCUCCUUGUUCCUGUCCUGUCUUCAUUGCCUCGACCGCCCUCUGCCAUCUUCUCAGACUUUGUUGUAGCUGCAGGUCUCUCUCAAAUCAUUGCUGAUCUCGACAUCCCUCACUACAUCGUCUCCACCACAUCUGCUCGAUUUUUCUCCACCGUGGCCUACCUUCCAGUUCUAAUUUCUGAAACCCCAUCAAAAUUCGGUGACAAUUCUGCAGAUGUUGAGAUCCCUGGUUUAGACCCACUGCUAGUUUCAAGCAUUCCUCCAACAUGGCUCGAUGAUUCACCAUGGAAUUAUCUAUUGAGGGUCUACUUAAUUCCAAAUGCCCAAUCUCUUCCAAAAGUAAAAGGAGUCCUAAUAAACACCUUCAACUGGUUUGAAGCAGAAACAAUUGUUGCCCUGAACAAAGGAAUGGUGUUAAGUAACCUCCCAACUGUUUUUCCAAUUGGGCCUUUGAAUCCUCACGAGCUCAAGAAAUGUCUUAAAAUUCCAUGGUUAGAUCUCCAAUGUGCUGAAUCUGUAGUGUAUGUUAACUGUGGAAGCAGAGAACCCAUGCCAACAGAUCAACUGAUAGAACUUGGAAACGCGUUAGAGAUAAGUGGGUGUACAUUCUUGUGGAUACUAAAAGGCAAUAAGAUGCAAAAAGUUGGGAAUGAUGAAGAGCUUCGAGAAUUGUUGGGCGAUACAUUUAUCGAGAGAACUAAGAACAAAGGGAGAAUACUGAAAGGGUGGGUGAACCAGGAGGAAAUUCUGGCACAUCCGGCCAUUGGAGGGUUUGUCAGCCAGUGUGAAUGGGACUCGGUGAUGGAAGCAGCUAGGCAAGGGGUGCCAAUGUUGGCAUGGCCACAGCAUGGGGACCAAAAGAUGAACGCGGAGGUGAUGGAGAAGGCAGGGUUGGGGGUGUGGGCUAAGGAUUGGGGUUGGGAUGGGGAAAGGUUAGUGAAGGGGGAAGAGAUUAAGGAGAUGGUGAAGCAAGUUAUGGAAGAUGUGAACUUGAGGGGCAAGGCAAUGAAGAUUAGAGAAGAGGCUAGGAAGGCUUGGGAAGUUGGUGGGAGUUCUGAGAAGGAGUUGAUGGGACUCAUUGAAAUGUUGAUACAGAAAGAGGGGAACUAG